AUGGCUUCCAUUGUUGCCUUCUCCCUGCUGCCAUUAGCAGCCAUGUUCUUGUUCUUCCACCCCAUCCAGAGUAACGAGCAGACCCAGCAAAACAUUGAAACCAUCUGUCACCAAGUGGAGGACUAUAAUUUCUGCAAACAGUCUCUCAACUCCAACCUGAAAAACCCAGAUGCAAGCAUUUCUGAUCUGAAUGAAAUAACCAUCAACCAGACCACUGUAAAAGCAACAGACACACGUGCUUUUACUCAGGGAGUUCUUAAGAAUGCAAAAGGUUAUCCAGAAGAGGCUAAAGUUCUCAGUGAGUGUGAAAAGGAUUAUGGUCUUGUGGUGGAGUUUUUCCAGGAGGCUUUCAAGUCCCAGAACAGAGGAGAUUACAGUCGCAUGCUGUCUUUUGAAUCCUCUGCUCUUAAUGCAAUAUCCCUCUGUGAAGCUGGCUUCGGCUUCGGCUUCCCUGUAAACCCCUAUUUCUAUUUGAUUGAGAGGAACAAGCCAUUGAAAACUCUCAUCAACAUGGCUGUAGCCAUCGCACAUACUUUUUUCAACGUUUGA